AUGGCAUCGACGCAGAUGGCUUUCCCGUAUCUCAGCCGGACGAAUACGAACCAGUCGUACUCCAAUGGCGUUGGCGGAAACCCACGCGCAUCUCUAACCUCGUUCCCCUCCUCCUCGCGCUCCAACUCGGAGAUGUCGCACUCCUCGCGCCCACCGCCAUCUCCUCAUCCUCCCAUCACCGACCCCGAUCGGACGUCGGAUCCGAGCUCGCAGUCCAAGACAUCGUCGCUAGGGAGUCAGACCGCCGCCUCGUCGUCCCAACAUUCGUCCCUAUCAGUGCCGCGGCGGAGCAACCCGAACGCACAAUCACCAAGAAAGUUGCGCUCCCAAUAUCCUCGCCAGUCCACCGAGAACCAUGUCGAGUACAUAUUGGUCGCGUCUUUCGACAUCGACCGCGGCCCAGUUAUGGAGCACCAGUACCCAGUCGCUAUCACUGGGGACGAAAACAUGUUGGCCGAACUCAUGUUACCGGAUCAGGCACAUGCGCGUACCCAAGAUUGGACCAUCUUCUUUCUGCACAAGGACAGUAGUCAUGAGGAGGACGAAGAAGAGCAGAAAGAAAAGGCAGCAAGACGGAGGAGAAGGAAACGGAGGAGGGCCAGGGCGGCUGGAAUGAUACAUGAGGACGAUGAUGCUACCGACGAAGACGACGAUGAUGACGACGACGGGGAGGAUGAGGAGGACGGAGAUGGUGAUGAUAGUUCAGACGACGACGACGACUCCACUGCUUCGGAACCAGAAGGAGGGGAGGGCCCACCCUUGAUAUACGUGCUGAAUCUGGUUUACACCAAACACGACAAAACCGUGAAGCGAGGCGCCGUGGUGAAGGCGAUGGCUAUAUGUACUCGUCAUCCCUUCUUGCACAUUUACAAGCCACUCUUAUUACUCGCGCUCGAGGAAUACUUCAAGUCGCCAGUACCAGAGACGCUGGCGAUGCUUUACGAUGCUGUCAAUAACAUGGACCUCUCACUAAUGCCAAAGCUAAGCACGCUUGAGAAGUAUCUGUUGCAAGCCAGCGACAACAAGGAUCUCUUCGUUGAGAAGUUUGAGCAAAUGAUCCAAAAGCGAAUUGCUGAGGACAAAGCUGGCCAGGUCGGGGAGCCAUUCGAUGCGAGCAAAAGCCCUCCAAAACCGCAAGGAAUAUCCCGGGCUGGCACCAAGGCUCACCUGGAAGGCCUAUCAGCAUAUUCCGUGCCGCGAGAUACGCACGAGUUCGAAAGCAGAGUCAUGUAUAAGGGCAUUCCAAUUCCAGUCAAAAUUCCCACAGCAAUCAUGCCCGAGACGGUGGGGGAUUUCUCACUGCUCAAGAUGAUACAGAAGUUCUCGGAGCCGCAUGCAAAGUCCAUGCUGCCGUUCCCCAUACAUGCCCACCUGACCACAAAUGGCCCGGGGACUCAUCCCAUAAUGGUGCUUGCUAAUGCGCUUCUGACUCAGAAGAGAGUCAUCUUUCUGGGUCACAACAUGCCAUCAGGUGACGUAGCAGAGGCGGUACUCGCGGCCUGUGCUCUUGCAUCUGGUGGUGUGUUGCGAGGGUUUACUCGCCAUGCAUUCCCAUAUACAGAUCUUACCAAGAUCGACGAUCUCCUAAAGGUGCCUGGCUUUAUCGCUGGAGUGACCAACCCCACGUUUGAAAAUCACCCAGAAUGGUGGGAUCUGUUGUGUGAUCUUCCCAGUGGGCGGAUGAAGAUCAGUAGCAAGAUCGAAAACGCUCCCAUCACGGAAAAUCUGGUUUAUUUCCAACAGCAAAACCCGUCAUUUGCAAGUCUGCUGAGCGGUUCAACCAAUACGACUGCGGAUCUUACGGGGGAUGUCGUUUUCAUGAACGACAUCCUCAGGAGCAUAGCAGCAAGGCACGGCGAGCGAGUCAUUCGAGCUAAGUGGCGAGACUGGGUCGUCAGGUUUACCAGAAUAGCCGCAGCUUUUGAGGAGAGCGUAUAUGGCGCCAGUGCAUUACAAGCUGGAGGCGACGAGCUAGAGGCUACCACAGGUGGCCAUGGCUAUGUCUGGGCGGAUGAUGCUGCAAAGCAAAAGGAGCUCGCGGGCAAUGUAUGCCGGAUCGAGGGCUGGAGAAACACACGGAGCUAUUACAGCUUCAUCCAGGACCUUGCCCAACUGUACACCAUCCGACCCCUGAAGGGUCUCGACCUGCAUCAUAUGCACGACCGGCUCCGGACACAGCGGCUCAAUCCACCCCAGAGCCGUGAGGUGUAUCUUGCCUUCUCCAAAUUCGUCCAUUCCUACGACGAAAUAUGUCUACUAUUAACAGUGGCACCCGAGUCCCAUGCCGGACUCUUCUACCUUGCGCUUGGGUUAUUCCACAAAGACCGAGACGUGAGGAUCAAGAUCUCGGACCUUGUUGAACGUGUCAGUGAACACGAGGCCGGACAGCAUUGGUGGAGGGGGCUGAGCCGGUAUCAGAAACUCGCCUUCCACCGCAUACGGCGGGAGGCAGAGGCGGAGAUGAAGAUGAAGCUGGAGAAAGAGGGUUAUAGUCGCGACGUUGAGAAGCGGAUCAGCUAG